CUUUCUUUUAUUUAACUUUCCCUUUUCCUUUCUUUUUAUUUAUCUUGGCUGAGAAGUUUAUCGGCUCCUUCCAUUCACUUUAAUGAAACCCUCUAAUCUGACUAUCCUUCCACUCUACGUAGCGGGUGUCUGUAUGGCCGUGUUUGUGUUAACGGCUGAUGCAGUCAACAUCCACCACCCCAAAUUCAAGCCAAGAACCUCAGAGAUCAUCCCCGGUCGUUACAUCGUCGGAUUCAACACUGAUUCUGAUUCUGCUGGUACUUUCUUUUCUCAAUCCUUGGACGACUUCAAGGGCGCUGAUGUUAAGAUCAACGAACGUUACAACCACGACUUCUUCAAUGGUGUGUCCAUCAACAUCAAUACUGAAGAUGCAGAUAUCCACAAGAGUGCUCUCGAGAGCAUCCUUGAUCGUGCUGAUGUCCAAUAUGUCACUCCUGUUCGUGUCGUGCCUCGUCCCAAGGUGAAGGUCGUCAAGAAGGGAAAGAAAGCCAAGUCACUCUUGCCUCACUCCAUGACUCAAGUUGACCUUGUCCAUAGCAAACUCAAGAACAAGGGUAAAGGCGUCCUCGUUGGUAUCCUUGACUCCGGUAUUGAUUACAGACAUCCUGCCCUUGGCGGCGGUUUCGGUAAAGGACACAAAGUUGUCACCGGUUACGAUUUAGUCGGUGAUAACUACACCGGUAGAAACAGCCCCAAGCCCGAUAACGAUCCUCUUGAUAACUGUGGUGCUGCAUCUGGCGCCUCUGGUCACGGCACACACGUCUCUGGUAUCAUUGCUGGUUGGGAUCCUGCCACCAAUUUUACAGGUGUUGCUCCUGAAGCCAAUCUUGCCAUGUACCGUGUCUUUGGUUGUAACGGUGUUACUGGUGACGAUAUCAUUGUCAAGGGCUUAUUGAUGGCCUAUGAUGCUGGCGUUGAUGUGAUCAAUCUCAGUUUGGGCUCCACUAACCCAUGGUCCGAAAACACUGAUAACCCUGAAUUCAAGAUUAUCAAGCAAAUCGUCGCAAAGGGUGUCCACGUCGUGAUCUCUGCUGGUAACGACGGUGAUAAUGGUGCCUACACUUUGAGCAGCCCUAGUAGUGCUCCUAGCGCUUUCUCUGUCGCCUCUGUUGAAAACAACUAUCAAGCUACCAACUUCUUGACUGCCACUGGCAUUGAACAACACAUCUCCUUCGUUGAUGGUUCCCCCACCCCCGGAAAUCCCGUCGAUGGCACUCUCGCCGUUGCUGCCAAGGUUGCCAAUCCUACUGCCGAUGCCUGUAAGCCUGAAGAUGUUUCUGCUGAUGUCAAGGGCAAGGUUGCCUUAGUCGCUCGUGGAAGCUGUGCUUUCAGCGACAAGGUCAACAAUGCUGCCGCUGCCGGUGCUGUCUCUGUCAUCAUCUACGAUAACAAGCCUGGAGCUCUUGGUGUUCCUUCCACUCCUGGUGCCAAGGUCCCCGUAGUUAUGAUCUCCAAUAAAGAUGGUAAUGCCUUGAUUGCUGCUGCCAAGAAGGGCUCUGUUAAGGUUGACUUUAGCGACAAAAAAGAACUGACUCCCGUCAUCGACAAGGGUGCUAUCUCUGACUUCUCCAGUACCGGUCCUAGUGCUGAAUUGAUUCUCAAGCCCAACAUUGCUGGUGUCGGUGGCCUUAUCUACUCUACCAUGCCCACUUACGCUGGCAGCUGGGGUGUUAUGAGUGGUACUUCCAUGGCUUCUCCCUAUGUUGCUGGUUCCGUUGCUCUUUACAUCAAGGCUCAUGGCAAGAAGAAGCAAUCUGUCAGCUAUGUACAUGAACAAUUCCAAAACUACGCUUCCGUCCGCUACGUUGCCAGCACUACCACCGUUGACAGCCCUGUCCGCGCUGGUGCUGGUCUUGUCCAAGUCUACGACACAAUCACUCAAUCUGCCCACGUCACCCCUGCUCAAAUCAGUUUCAACGAUACCGCCACGACCAAGUACAGAACUCAACACUUCACUGUGACUAACCAUGGCUCUCACACAAUCCAAUACGAACUUGUCAAUGAAGUCUCUACUGGUGUUGCUCCUUAUGAUAUCAAAAACAGUGGCUACACUCCUAUCGCUCCUGCCAAGAACGUCAAAGCCAAGGCAUCCUUGCGUUUCUCCAAAAAGACAUUCAAGCUCGCUCCCGGAAAGUCUCAAAAGAUCACUGUUACCGUCACUCCUCCCAAGACCAACCCCAAGGAACACAUCUACUAUGGCGGUUACAUCGUCUUGAAGUCCAAGCAAUCUAAGAACGGUAAGGACCUCAAGAUCCCUUACAUCGGUGUCCAAGGCAAGCAAAAGGAACUUCCUCUCUUCGACAAGGGCUAUCCCUUCAUUUCUGAUGGUGACAAGACCUAUGGCAAGAACGAAACAUAUGUCUUUGAUCGCAAGACCAACGAUACUCCCUAUACCGUCUAUAGACUCUUGAACCCCACUCGCCUCCUCAAGGCUGAACUUCUUGAUGCCAAGACUGGCAAGUCUCUCGGUUUGUACAAGACAGGCAACACCUUCUUACCCCGUAAUACCCUAGCAAAGGAUGACCAAUAUACUGCCUUCACCUGGGACGGCACCUACGUUCCUUCCAACUUCAAAAACGCCAUUCCCAUCCCUGCUCCCUCUGGUACUUACAAGUUCCGUAUCUCUGCUCUCAGAGUCUUUGGUAAUCCCAAGAACCCCAAAGACUGGGAAGUCUUUACCUCAGGACCCAUUGUCCUUAAAAAUUAAUGUUUAAUCUAAUGUGUAAUAAUAAAGGCUCCUGUGUAGUUUUAUUUAUUUUAAAUUUCUAAUCCUUCUGCCAGUAAUUCAUCAAUAUGUCUUAGCUUCAAAAAUACGUCACAUCCGUA